AUGCAGGAGAUUUUGAACUUUGGCAUGUUUAAAGAGCUUCAAGGUAUAUGCAGGGAUGGCAAUAAUACCCGUCGGGCCGGGGACCCGACCCUAACGGGGGGAGUUUUCGGGAGGAAAUCGGGGCCGGGUACAGGGAUCCCCGAAUUUGCAAAAUCCCCGACCGGGGGUGGGCCGGGGAUGGGAUUGUCAUCCUCAUCCCCGAACCCGGCCCAGUAA